AUGUCUUCGUGGGUGGGCGGGGGGGGCUACUGGGGAACACCGACCUCAACUCUCGACUGGUGCGAGGAGAAUUAUGUGGUUUCGUAUUACAUCGCAGAAUUCUGUAAGUACGUUCGAACGUCGGGCUUGUGUUCGGUACACGCGGUCCAUUGUCGUGUAGGACGUUUAGGAAUUGCUGCCGUAGGGAUUGGUUCAUGGAGCUUCCACAUGACACUACAGUAUGAAAUGCAGUUACUGGAUGAGCUGCCGAUGAUCUACAGCUGCUGCGUCUUUGUCUACUGUCUAUAUGAAUGCUUCAAGCAAGAGCGUGUUGUUAACCAUUUGUCAGUUACAUUUUUGCUGACCUUCAGUAUUAUUGUUAGCGUGGUUUACCUGAUAUGGAAGGAGCCUGUGUUUCAUCAGUUGGUGCUAAGUUUAAAGGUUUAUAAUUUUUUAAUCAUUUCCCCCAGCGUACUUGUGGCUUUCUUGGUGAUUCGCUCUGUUUUCAUAGUCACAUGGGUGUAUCCGUGGCUCAGAGCCCUCGGCUUUACAUCAUUAAGUGUCUUCCUGUUGGGAUUCGUAUUAUGGAACAUCGAUAAUAUCUUUUGUGACUCUCUAAGAGCAACACGGCAGCGGCUGCCCCCUGUGGUCGGAGCAGUUACGCAGCUUCAUGCCUGGUGGCACAUCCUAACAGGCCUGGGUUCAUAUUUACACAUACUCCUCAGCCUUCAGAUUCGUUCGACCUACCUCAAGCACAGACCAAAAGUGAAGUUUUUAUGUGGCGUUUGGCCGAUGCUGCACAUUGAAUCUCAGAAGGCAAGUUGAAAAGGACCUGAGAAGAGGAAGAUGGACCAAUCACAGACCUCAGACAGACAGAGGUCCAGCCAAUGAGCUUCAACGGCAGCAGGAAGUGACCAGCAGCUGUCGGUUUUGUUCCCCCGUUCCCUUGUUCCCUUUCCACUCCGUUUGCCAAGUGCAUUACUGAGAAAGCUGCCAAACGAAGGAAAGCUUUUGUUAUUAUUAUAGGUUAGAUGAGCGGUUUGUGGUUUUGUGAUUUUGCACAUUAUAAUAUGUAUAAAAAUUGUCCUGUUUAUUUGAUGGU